AUGGUACGUCAACCUAAGAAGCUGACGGACUGCCCGGAAAAUCUCCGGGAGUCCAUCGACUGGUUGAUCCAGCUUAGGCAUGGGAAUGGUAGUGGCCUUGAUAAGUUAGCUGAAGCUUUGAAAAAGUUGAUUGGUGAUGCCAUUAAAAAUGCAACUGAGAGUCUUGAAAAAAGGCAAAAGGAACUUGAAUGCGCUGAAGAAUACUACUCUAAUUUUGCUGGCUCCCAUUGUCAAACGCUUCUUAAUGAUAUUGAUAAAGCCAAAAAAUCUGGAGAUGAAAAAGAAAUUUCAAAGGCUCAAUCCAACUACAAUGGCCAUUACUCCGAAGUACAUGGCUCUGACUCUAAAAGGGAUACAGCCAAGAAGGAUUUAAAGGAGCGGCAGGAGUCUCUUAACAAUCUUAAAAAAUCUCUUACAAUAUUUACUGAGGCAGGUGAGGAAUGCAAAAAUCUUUUAACAAAUCUCUGCGAUGGUCUCCAAACAUUCUUGGGGUACGAUGAGAAUUCCAAAGGCUACACCGGCUCCGGCAUCGUGUACUCGGACCUUGACAGGCUCUGCGACGGGGUGAUGUCUUUCCUUCAUGGAGUUCUUGAUGGAGUGAGGGAUGAUGAUGAUGUUCCUUAUGAAAUUUCCAUGCCCUUCUAUAUUUGUUUUCUUUUUUCCAAUCCUUAUCAGUUAGCCCCUUGCUUUUCAGUUCCGUCAACUUAUCGGUGA